UUUGAAGUGUUCAAAGUAAGUUACUUUUUCGUCUAGCGGUAGCAAAGUGUCAAGUUUUGGUAAUAUGUGACCCUGGACCACAAAACCAGUCUUAAGUCGCUGGGGUAUAUUUGUAGCAAUAGCCAAAAAUACAUUGCAUGGGUCAAAAUGAUAGAUUUUUCUUUUAUGCCAAAAAUCAUUAGGAAAUUUAGAUCAUGUUCCAUGAAGAUAUUUUGUAAAUUUUCUACUGUAAAUAUAUCAAAACUUAAUUUUUGAUUAGUAAUAUGCAAAUCAUUAUCCUAAUGAUUUUUGGCAUAAAAAUCGAUCAUUUUGACCCAUACAAUUUAUUGCUGGCUAUUGCUGCCUUUGACUGGUUUUGUGGUCCACGGUUGCAUAUGACGUAGGAAAGUAAAAGAUAGACAGGAAUAGGAGAAAGAGAGACUGGUGUUGUCAUUAUGUCACAGACAAUUAUGUUAUCGCUGUUUUUUCACACCAAAGCACAGACAUUUUGAAUAGAGUCUAUACGUUAAAUUGUAGGAGUUUAAUUACUUCGAAAAGGAUGAGUAAUUUCAUAUCACAAGUGUACUGCGGUAAACAGAAACCAGCCACGUACAAUAAAUAAGACAAUUCAGAGAAGUGCCCGAGUCACUGACACUGGGCGGAGAUCCUUCAACUUCUUGUAUUCUGCUAUUGCACAAUGUGCUGUGUAUCAGGUGACUUGUAGAGCAAUACAUAGAGUAUUUCGUAUUUUAGACGUCUAAAAUGUUUAUUUAACUAUAGCUAUGUCUCGUUUAGUAGUAGCCUAUAAGUAAUCGACAGAAGUUUGGGUUUGUCAGGAUAUGAAUCGUUCAUAUUAAGCUUACUGUAUCGCAAAGAGUAGUUUCACUUUCAGGAGCUAUUAAAUCAAUGAGAUUCUACGGAAGUGUGGGAAUGAUGCGUGUGACCCUGUCAGGCCUUAAAUAGGGAGCCCCAAACUCCCUUAUAAUUGGGAACCUUUUAAAGUGAUGGCUGUUGGACCCUGUAGCACAGAGAUUCAACAGCGUCGUGUGGAGCUGGUGGAGAACUACAGCGAACACCUGACACGCCUUCUGGACGUGCUGUUUAAUGUGGGUGCAGUGACCGAGGAGGACCUCAGUUUUAUUAGAGGUUCGUCUGUUCGAGGUGAGCGAGAAUGUAUGAGAGUUCUGCUGGAUGUGCUAAACGGGAGAGGAGAAGAAUCCUGCAGGGCUUUCCUUUACGUACUACCAAGUGUUCAAGAUGAAACCGCAAAACUAGGACAGCCAAGCAGGCAAAACAGCCUCAGAAAGCACAAGGUCAUCUUAGCCAGACAGCAUGGCCUGGUGGACUAUCUCAAUAUCAGAGGACAGACUUUGGAACAGGAUGAGGGCGGGUGCUGGACUGAUAUCACCUUCUCAAGACAAGCUGGUUACGCAUCGUCUUCUCAAUGCCGACAUGAGUCGGCAGGAGUCGGGGAUGCUUUCAGAACACGCGCGGAUGAGACCUGCAUUUUCAAAGACAUUUAUGAGAACCUGCUGUGUAAUACAACGAGCGGAGUGAAUAUGCUGUCAGGAGUUGCUGGAAGUGGGAAAACCACGGUUGUGAAGCGCUUGGUGCGAGAGUGGUCUGCAGAAACCAACUCGUCCAAGAUUGUCCUAUCUCUGUCCUUCCGUGAGCUGAACCUCAUAACCCAAGACCAGAGCUUGCAGGACCUGCUCUCGGAUCACUACAUCCACCUGAAACCGUUCCUGCCCGAGUUGCUGAACUCAAACCCAACCCAGUUUUUGCUCAUCUUAGAUGGUCUAGAUGAAUUCUGCUACCCUCUUAAUUUCGAACACACUCCUAAGUGUUCAGAUCCUGAGCGGGUGCAACCUAUACAAUCCAUUGUGGUCAACCUAAUCAAGGGAAAUCUGCUUCCAGGAGUGUCCAUUUUCCUAACCUCCAGACCUCAUGCAGUGUCCAAAGUUCCUCCAGUUCUGGUUAGCCAGUUUUACAGUCUGCUCGGUUUCUCCGUAGCUCAACAGAAGCAGUACUUUGAGCAGAACUGCAGUUCUCCUGAGGCUGCUGAUGCAGUGUGGGCUUCGGUGUCGUCCCAUAAGCCUCUUCUCCUCAUGUGCCACAUUCCCGCAUUCUGUUGGAUAGUAUCCACCGCCUUGCACGAUGGCGGCUCCUGCCUUUAUCCUGAUUCUAUAAGUGCCACGCUAGGAGACAAAGAAGCUCUUGAGGAAGCCAGCUCCUCAUUGGUACCUUCUGAGGAGAACUCCAAACCAGUCACGAUCUCUGAAAUCUACUGCUGCUUUGUUAAAUCCAUCUUGCUAUUCCAUGUGCAAGGGCGUAGCGAGGGCUCCCAUCACACUAGGCUUCAGCACGCCCCUCACGUCCUUGGUGAAAUGCAGCCUAUACUCAAAAGCCUGGGAGCUAUGGCCUUCAAAGGCCUCCUGGAGAGACGCUUCAUCUUUGAAAACUCUGAUCUGAGCUCUUUUAAUCUAGACAGCACCAAACUCUCACAGGUAUUCCUCUCCGAGAUACUUAAAGAAGAUCGAGCGUCCCUCACCUUUGAAAAAGGCUUUCAUUUUAUCCAUACCAGCGUGCAGGAGUUUCUGGCUGCCCUCUACUAUGUUCUCCAGUCGCUCUCAGGAUCUGAUCCAUUUUCAGGACUCAAAGCAAGCACAGGCUAUCUUCAAUCUGCAUUUAAACAAAUGGCAUCAGCCGUUAACAAAUUCGGCAGACCGCAUCGUCUCUUUCGCAGACGUAUUAAGAAGGCCCUUCGCUGUGGUGAACGACAUCAGUCUGGACACAUGGACCUUUUUUCCAGGUUUGUAUGCGGCCUGCUGGUUCCCAGAACACGUCUCAUCCUAAAUGGAUUUUUCCCUGACGGGCCCAAGAUGCAUCUGCUCCGUUGCCAGCCCUCUCCAGACCCGACUCCUCCUUUCCUUCUCCAUCUGUUACAUUCCCAACUCCAGAGCUCCACUCUCAGCCCGGAGAGGAAGGUCAAUGUGUGUCACUGUCUCUAUGAGGCUCAGGACCCUGGGUUGUCACAGCGGCUACAGAGCUGGAUGAAAGUUCUGUCACAGCAGGCCUCAGAUCAGUCCGCUUCAGGAAACAAGGACUGGAGCGAGCUGGCUUUCCUGUUACAACUCAGUCCAGACCUGCAGGUUUUAAAUUUAGAUGCUCAAGGACUCGAUGCUGACGGACUACGCCGGCUCCUACCAGUCCUUCCUCUCUUCUCAACGCUUAGCCUGGGGCAGAAUCCUCUUGGUCCAGAUGGAGCGGCUGUGUUAUCCCUUGUUCUGAGAAACCCAGAUUGUCGCAUUCAGAGGCUGUGGGUGGUUGCGACAGGGCUUGGCUGUGAAGGCCUGAAGAUCCUUGUAGAAGCGCUGAAGGAAAAUCGUACUGUGACUGAUCUCAGAAUGGCCAUCAAUAAAAUUGGAGAUGUUGGAGCUGGUUAUCUUGCAGAAUUGUUGAGGAUGAAUCACACUUUGAUGGAUAUCAGACUUCGUGACAACCUGGUGACAGACAAAGGAGCAGAAGUCCUCAUGGCUGCCCUGAAAGAGAACACUACAUUAGAGUAUCUGUGGAUGUUUGACAACAAGUUUACCAAAGAUGGCGUCAAGAAACUGAAAGAAUUUGCAAAGACCAGACCAAACCUUGAUAUUAAAGUUUGCGUCUGACCCACGAGCAACAAACCAGUGGAGCUGAUCUCUAAAGCUCCAUUUGCAAUGCCGAACUAGUUCAGGAUGAACGGUUUCAUUCACACAUUUUAUUCAUACUCAUUUACUCAUUAUUUUACAUAUUGGUACAGUUGCUCUGAUAUAUUACUUUGAAUACAUAUUAGACUGUUUUACUAUGAAAAUAUACUCACCUUCAGGCCAUCCAAGAUGCAGAGUUUGUUUCUUCACUGGAACAGAUUUGGAGAAAUUUAGCAUUACACUUGCUCACCAAUGGAUCCUCUGCAGUGAAUGGGUGCCGUCGGAAUGUGAGUCCAAAUUGCUUGAUAAAAACAUCACAAUAAUCCACAAGUAAUCCGUACGCCUCUAAUCUAUCAAUCAACAUCUUGUGAAGCAAAAAGCAGCAUGCUUUAAGAAACAAAUCAAACAUUAAGUUGCGUUUUCACUAUAAAAAACUAUUCUUUUAACUACUCAAGCCUAAUGCUGCCCUCUGCUGGAGUUUUAAGAAACUGUGUUAAAUGGUACUUUUGUAAUACAUGGUUUAAACUGCAGUAAUAAUCAGAACUGUCUUAGAUUCAUGUACUGUUCUUUCUCAAGACACUGUAUUGCAUUUAUUUAUUCUGUGAAUCUUUUUAUUAACAAAGCUGUUACAGCUUAACCCACAUAAUCAGAUUUUACUAAAGCUUGUAAGUGUAUGUUAUAUUUUGAGGGCCCUAAAAUGACUCCUCAGCACACAUCAAUUUAUCUAAUACUUCUUUAUAAAUUAUUAUCUUCUUUCUCCUUCCUGCUAUAGUGUCUCAGACCAGAUUGACAAUAAUUGUCACUGGUUUAUUGCCCAUUUUUGUGGGUGCUUUUACAUGCAGAGCUCAGGGCUCCUCUUAGAUGCUUCAUAAACAGAAGUAAAUAUGUAAGUGUAAAAUACACAAAACCAGAGUAUUCUUUGGUUAGUAAAUGCAUGUAUUUUGAAGUUACUAUGUGAAACCAUUGCUAAAACAGUUUAGCAUAGAUAGAUAGAUAAAUAGAAUGGGCUUGACCACUUUUUGUAAGACUUGUGACCACGGGUUUCAUUCAUUACUGUGUUACUUUACGUAAAGCCAGCAAUAAUAUCCAUCUUUUUGUGUUACACAACUGUUUUGUUUUGCAUUUUGUUUUGCUGCUUGAUAUUGCAAAUUGGUGUGUCUUACCAUAUUAUUUUAAUGUGCUAUCUUAAUUAUGAGCACACUGGUUUGUGGUGGAUUUAUUAGUGCAAACAGUUUUUACCGUUUACUGCACGUUGUUAUUCUAUAGCGGAUAGUGAACCGGAAGUCUCACCCAUAGGCUUACUUUAGCGUUGAAGCAAAAGAUGGAUAUCUGUGUCAGAUGUUUUUUUUUUUUUGAAACAUUGUACGCUUGUCUUCUUUCUGAAAGUUGCAUAAUAUAGGUUCAGGCAUUUUUAUAUUACUGUCAUAACAUCAUGACAUGAAUUAUUAUAGUAUUACUGCCCAGGAAUGCUUACAAUGCAAAGUACAAGUGCUGUUAUGUAAACAUUAAAACUAGAUGAACAAAAAGACGCUCAAUAAACAUGAUAUUGAUUCUCCAGAUUCCAGUUUGCUUUGGUAAUGGAGUCUGUGGUUUGUCAUCACUUCAAAGUUCAAACCGUGUUGCUUUAGAAGUAUAAUUCCAUAUAUUGAUGCUGCCUUGAAUGCAAAAGCUUACCAUACAUGUACAUUCUCACGUCCGAUGUGAUAAGUCUCAAACAUUGCAUAAGUUUAUUGAUGUGCAAAAAAAAAAAUAGGGAGUUCCCACUUGUUUCGAACCGGAAUGAUAUUUAAUCCCUCAUAAAAUAUCCAUCUUCUGUCUGUAUUUGAAUGUAGUUGCCCAUUUAAACCAGCAGAUGCCGACGUGAUGUUUUGU